AUGCAUCAGGCUCUGCUCAUUCCCGAAGUCCUCCUGGAGAUAUUCGUGCAUGUGACCGAGACGAUCCUGAAGCCAUUUGGGCCGGCCGGAAAUAUUGUUAUAUUAUUGUACCGGGAAUCCCUUGCAGCGCUUGCAACGACAUGCAAAGCCUUUCACGAUCCUGCGAUGGAUCUGCUGUGGGGUGAAAUAGACAUAGAGUCACUGUUAGGAUGUGUAACGAGGCUACAUCCGCUGAUGUAUUGUAGUGGUCGACUGUGGAACUGGGCAGAAGGCGUCAGGCCCUUAUCUGCCGAUGAGGUCCAUCAAUUUUUGCUCAUCCCCGCCGAGUUAUACGACUUCCCGAGACUAAAAUCGUUGACUAUUUCCACCAAAUAUUUGAACCUCUUCCUGUCCCACACGCUGCACCGUCGUUAUCUAGUGACCGUCGAUGAAGAUCUACGAUCUAUUGUGACCUGUUGUGCUACUUUGGAGCACUUAAACGUCAUCACUCCUGAUGCCGCCAAUGCCAUUGACAGCACAUCAGAUGCGCUGUCCCGUAUUUCUGACAUUGUCCGUUCGUGCAAGCAGCUUGUAACUCUGUCUUGUCCACUGUUUGACUGGGCAGCGUGGAGGCACCUCUCAAACCUACCUACCCUUACCAGAUUGGAUGUUGGUGACACGCGCAGUGACCCUGCCCCUCCUUGGCCAUUGGAACGGGAUAUCGCCAAUUUUUCACCAUUCAGUAACAUCACUGCUCUUUCCUUCCUGCUACACAGUGCUGCAUACGCUAUCACAGUCAUGCAACAUUCACAAUUCCCUUCGCUGAAAGAAUUCAAGAUGGAUGUCGAUUUUCUGCCUUUACCUGAGGCUGAGCAACUCUUUCGUGCGCUGUCCAACUGCAAAGCAUGCGAGACUCUAGAAAAAAUUCGUGUUUAUUCCUCGUAUCAUAAAUAUGAUCCCCAAAACAACUCGUUGUCAGCCAUUCCACAUUUCCAUUGCUUCACACAUCUCCGAACCCUGCAUCUCGCGUGUUUUGAUUUCUGCAUCAACCUGGACGAUAACAUUCUCUUGGAAGCCAUGUCAACUUGGCCGCACAUGCACGAUCUCGAAAUAGAUGACUUGCGUCUUCAUCACUCUCCCAUUACAUUCCGCGGAAUUUUCACAGCGAUCCGUCUGUGUCCACAAUUACAUACGCUGCGAGUUCCAAUCGACAGCACGACUUUCAAUAUCGAUGUUGAGCCAACACAACAUACCUUCCUACGGGUAUUGGAGUUGAAGACACCCAUGUUUCAAAUAGCAAAUGCUGAAGCUCUCGCUCGCAUCAUUUUCUCCUGUCUCCCUCGUAUCGACCGAAUUUUGGGGUCCAUACAAUGUGAUUGGGAUGAAGUCAACAUGCAUAUCAAAUCUUUGAAAGAUGCUGCGCUACAUGUCACAGGAGCUGCCUCGAAUACUUGAGUUUGGGAUAUAUCAUUUGUUUUCGGGCAAUAUGUUCGAGUUGCUUCAUUCCUUUUCGUAUCCGUUUGUUCGUGCCUGUCGUACGAGUCGUACGUUAUAGAGUCCUAUGAUUGCCACUGUUUUCUCCCAUCUUACACUAAGUACUGUAUGACUUUCACGCAUUUCUGUAGAGU